AUGAAUUAUAUUUGGAAACCCAAGUUUUCAAAAUCUAACAAGUCUGUAUCUAAGAUUACAUCUGAAAAGAAUGAUGAUAACAAAAAGUCCAAAAGUUUUAACCUAAAGGGGGCCAAGGAGUUGGAUAGUAAAAAGAUAACUCAGAAUAAAAUUUUAUUUAAUCCUAUGGAUGUUCCUAGGAUUUUAGAACAUAGAUUCGGUGAAAGUUUAGGUUUUAGAAAUUAUUUAUUAAAGAAAUUUAGUAGGAUGGAUAGGAUAGGUCUUGGUCCACCAGAUUUGAUGCAUUUCACUAUUUAUGAUAAUUUUAAUCAGGAAGAAGUAGGGCAAUAUUUUUAUGUCACAGGGAUGGAUGUAUCGAAUGAAAACAUGGCAAUUGCAUUAAUGAAAAUGUUGAAGACAAGCCAGAAGACCAGUAGUGGUCUAGAUCAUAAUAACAUAGCUACAUUUUGUUCCUUAAAUAUAUUUAGUAAAGUGGAUUUAAGGAUACGAUAUGAAUAUGAUAAUAAAUCCACAUUCUAUUCGUAUGCAGUUAACUGUUCGGAUGGUGUUACACAGGUUCCCUUAACUGAGAAAAUAUGGGAAGAAUUGUUUGUUAGUGCUUGUUUGAGAAGUUUAAUUAUCAAUAAUGAUCCUUCUAGAAAACUACCUGGGCUAGUCGAAUAUCCAUUGGGAAUAGAUUUGGGUGGUAUCUCUGUAUGUGAGAGAAUUAUUACUCUACUUUGUAAAUAUUUACCCAGGUGUUUGGAUGCUGGAUGGGAUAGUACUAAAUCUGUUCAUCCGACGAUAUUUAAUAAUUAUUUAAUGGAUGCUUUAUCAAUAUUUAUAUCUAUAGUUCCUCAUCUGAUAGAGUUUGCCAUUGAUUUAUUGAAUAGUUUGAGUAUUGAAGAUGAAAACAAUGGAUUAUUUUAUAAAUGUGCAUUGAUUUUAUUAUUGAAACAACAUAGCGAAAAAGAUUUUGAUUUUAUUACAAUAUUAAACGAUACAUUAGCUCCUUUGUUCCCUGUAUUAGAUAGCUUAAAACCAAAGGAUAUAAACUCAUUUCAGCUAUUGAAUUGUAUGUCUGAUCUCCUAAAUUUACAAGUUGAUUUUUUAUUACAAAAUGGUGAUUAUGAAUUGGCGUUAACUGUAGCCAAAAAAUCUACUGAAUUGGCCUUGGAUUCUUUUGAUUCUUGGUAUUAUCUGAGUAAAUGUUACAUUCAAUUACAGCAAUAUGAAAAUGCAUUAAUUACAUUAAAUUCAAUGCCAAACCUCCCACAAUAUGAUAAAAUAACUAAAGGCUAUAUAAACGAAGUUGCACUAUAUGAAUAUUAUGUAAGACCACUUGGAGAUAUAAAUCAUUCUGAUAAGGCAAGAAGUCUUUUAUCCAAUGAGUUUGAUGUUUUAAGUAGGUCCAUGAAACAUAUGAAGGACAGUCAAUUGAAGAAUAUUAUAUUCGGGAGAAUUGUAAUGCCCAACGAUUCAAAGGAAGGUUAUAUAGAAGACAUAUGGGAUAAUAUCUGUAUGAAGAUAGGUCCAAUUUAUGGACCACAUUCUGUAAAUUUGAUAAAUUACGUACCAAUUAAGGAAGUUGAGUCCAUACAUGACAUGAAAUUAUUGAGUCGAAAUAGUAUAUCAAAACAAUAUAAUUGGUCUCAACGUAAAGUUUAUAAUUUGUUGAUAGAACUAGUACUAAUGGUGGGGUGGAAUAAAUUAUUAGAACUAAGGUCUAAAGUAUUUAUUAUGGAAAGUGAAUAUUCUACUAGCAAUACUGAUAAGAAUGAGAAUAAUGAUGGUAGCAACAGUGUCGAAAAUAAUAAAAAUAUAAAAGGAUAUGUACGAUUAAAAGAUACGCCUUUGACCAUUCGAAAAAAAAGAAUUUGCGAAAGAUGGCUAGAUCAAUUAUUCUUAGAUAUUUAUGAUGAUUUGGAUAUUACCACACAUAUAUCUGAGAAACAGGAUGUGAAGCGCAGUGGUCUUGAAUGGGAAUUAUUGGGAUUAACUAUGUUAAGGACAUGGCAAUGGGAUAAUGCAAUUAUAUGUUUAAGAACAAGUAUCAAAGCAAGAUUUGAUGUUGUAAGUGUAAGAACUUUACUAGAAUUGUUUCUUAGGAUGGAAACAUUAAAUGAUCCAAUUCCACUUGAUUAUGAUACAGUUAUUGAAUUGUUAGUGCAAUAUAUAUCAUAUCAAAGUAGAUUUUAUGAUAAUUUUCAGGUGAUUACUAUUCAAGUUAUGCACAAAUUAUGUUUGGAAAUAGGGAUGGUAGCACUAAGAAGUAGGAUUGAAGCCUUGGCGUUUACCAAUAGCCGUAUUUUUACAAAAGUAGAAAGAUUACUAGGUUAUAUUUCUUUGAUAGUAGAAGAAACAAAUUCUCUGAAAUAA